AACAACAAAAAAAAAGACAACAAAAAAACAAACUUUUCUCUCAAACCCUAAUCAUCAUUUCUCUUCGGUUUUAAAAUGGGUCGACCAGAUGGAAAUCGACCCGAUGGAAGCCCGAGUCCAAGAAUGAACAAUAACUAUAAUCCGAUAUUUCAUGCACCUGAAGAAAAGAAAAUGGUCCAAGCCGAGCAGAAAUAUCCCAACAAUGGUGGAAGGGUUGACCAACCAAGUGGAGUACCUAUGGGCAACCAACCUUAUGGAGUACAAAUGGUCCGUCCACCACCAGUUAUUAACCAACCAUCGAACUGGACUUCAGGGCUUUUUGAUUGCAUGAAUGAUGGUGAAAAUGCUAUCAUCACAUUUUGCUUCCCGUUCGUCACGUUCGGACAGAUCGCAGAGGUUGUCGACGAAGGCGCAACAUCUUGUGGGACGAGUGGAAUGUUGUAUGGAUUGAUAUGUUGUCUGUUUGGGAUACCAUGUAUAUACUCAUGCACAUUCCGGGCCAAACUCCGAAACAAGUACGGGUUACCGGAUGCUCCAGCUCCAGAUUGGAUCACUCAUUGCUUCUGUGAAUACUGUGCUCUUUGCCAAGAAUUUCGUGAGCUCAAAAAUCGUGGCCUUGACCCUUCCAUUGGCUGGAUUGGGAAUGUGCAAAAGCAGCGAAUGGGUCAGCAACAAGAGAUGAUGGCUCCUCCAAUGGGUCAACGAAUGAUGGGUUGACUUAUAUGACUAUAUUUAUACCAACAUGUUUAAUU